AUGAAGCUCAAGGACAUCUCGCGCACGGCGACGUUCGCGUGGGACCCGUCCAGCGCCGCGGCCCCGCUCCUCGUCACUGGCGACGCGGCCGGCGCACUCGACGAGAGCUUCUCCAACGAGAGCCACCUCGAGAUCUGGGCGCCCAAGCUCUACGACCCCGAUAACGCUCAGGGCUAUGCGCUCGGCGGAAAGGACCAGCCAGGGCCAAAGGGAAAGGUCACCGUCAGCUCGCGCCAGCCCGAUGUCGCGCCCUCUGGACGCGGACUCAUCGCCGCUGGCAUGGAGACGGGCGAGGUCGCCGUGUACGAUCCCGUCAAGAUCCUCGACGGCUCGGACGCGCUCUUCUACUCGAACCAGAAGCACACUGGCCCCGUCGGCGGCCUCAACUUCAACCCGAUCCAGAAGAAUCUGUUGCUGUCCGGCGCUAUCAAUGGCGAGCUCUACAUCCACGACAUGAACAACCCCAAGAACGACCCCAUUCUCCCCGGCCCCGUGUCUAACAAGCUCACGGAGAUCACCUCGCUCCAGUGGAACACGACCGUGUCGCGUGUGUUCGCGGCGUCGUCUUCUUCGGGCUACACCUCGGUCUGGGACCUCAAGGCCGGCAAAGAGAUUGUCUCGCUGCAGUACGGUGGUGGUGCCGCCCGCGGCGAUCUCGCCAGCGGCAUGGCCAGCCUCCAGAUCGGCAAGCGCCGUGGUAUGAGCGAUGUCGCUUGGCACCCCGAGCAGGCGACCCGCCUCGCGACCGCGUCCGAGGACGACGAGUCGCCCAUCAUCAUGCUCUGGGACCUCCGCAACACCCGCGCCCCCGAGCGUAUCCUCAGCGGACACACCAAGGGCGUUCUCUCGCUUUCGUGGUGCAAGCAGGACUCGGAGCUCCUCGCCUCGUGCGGCAAGGACAACCGCACCCUCAUCUGGAACCCAACCACGGGCGACAUUGUCGGCGAGAUGCCGCGCACCGUCGACUGGGCCUUCCAGACCGCCUGGUUCCCCUCCAACCCCAACCUCAUCGCGACUGCCUCCUUCGACGGGCACAUCACCAUCGACUCGCUCCAGUCCACCAACCCCGAGGCGGAGGAGGCGACCCCUAUCGCUCAGGACGCGUCGGCCGAGGAUGUCUUCGGUGCCCUCGGUGCUGCCGGCCCCAACGAGGAUAGGAACAACGUCCAGUCGCUCACGCAGGCUCCCAAGUGGAUGAAGCGCCCUGUCUCGGCUACCUUCGGCUACGGUGGUCUGCUCGCGACCGUGUCUAACCUCCCGGGUGCCAACGGCAAGAACCAGAGCUCGGUCGUCCACCUCCGCCAGAUCACGACUGAGGAGACGAUCGUCGAGCGUGCCAAGCAGCUGAGCGACAUUGCCGCCGACAAGGAGAAACUUAAGGAGUUCUCCAGCGGAAAGGAGGAGGCGGCCUGGAAGGCGAUCAACACCCUCUUCCAUGGCAACUCGCGUGACGAGCUCGUCGCCCUCCUCGGCUUCUCCAAGGAGGACGUCGCGAAGCACGUCCAGGAGGCGAUCGCCAAGAUCUCCCCUGCUGAGGCUGCUGAGAUCGCCAAGGAGAAGGAACAGGUCAAGCAGGAGGCCGAGACCAAGGAGAAGAUUGAGAACGAGGAGGCGACCCCCAAGUCUGACACGACUCCCAAGUCGUCCGCUGCCUCGCCCCAGAAGUCGGCGGCCAGCGAGCUCUUCGAGGACCGCUCCGGCACUCCCGCCACCGCUGGCGGAGACACCGACUUCUUCGCCUCGAUGGCUUCGGGCUCGCUUCGCAACCCCCGUCUCGACAAUGUGAUCCCCCACAUGCCCCAGGACGCCUCGGUUGCGGCUACCAUCGGCUCGGGCUCCAGCGUCCGCUCCGAGUCGCUCAUUAAGGACAACAACUUCCACAUCUACCCCACUGGCGAGUCGGAGACUGACCGUCUCAUCACCCAGGCGCUCGUUCUUGGCGAUUUCACCUCGGCCGUCGACCUCUGCAUGGCCUCUGAGCGUUACGCCGACGCUCUUCUCCUUGCUGUUCGCGGUGGCCCCGAGCUCCUCGCGCAGACCCAGAAGGCGUACUUCCGCCGCUGCACCGAGACGCACCCCUUCUUACGCGUGUACCAGUCGAUUGUCACCGAGGACCUCGCCGACAUUGUCCAGAACGCGGACCUCGCCGAGUGGCGUGUCAUCUUUGUCGUCCUCUGCACCUUUGCCAAAGACCAGGACUUUGGCAACCUCGCUGAUCAGCUCGGCCAGCGUCUCCAGUUCAAGUGGCAGCUUCUGGCCGCUUCGGACGCCCCCGAGUCCAAGGCCAAGGCCAAGGAGGCACGCACCGACGCUACCCUCUGUUACCUCGCUGCCCGCAACCUCGAGCACGUCGUCAACAUCUGGAUCAGCGAGAUGCAGGAGGACGAGGCGCAGUCGUCCGGCCCCCGCUACACGGCCCACGCCAACGCCUUGCAGUCGUUCAUCGAGAAGGUCACUGUGUUCCAGGCCGCCACUGGUUACGUUGACAAGGACCUGACGACCACGACUGCGCCCGACACUGAGGCUGCGCGCACCUACGCUCUCUCGGGUCUCUACGACCGCCUGUACGAGUACGCUGAUCUGCUCGCCACCCAGGGUCUCGUUGACGCUGCUGCCAAGUACGUCCAGAUGACCCCCAAGGGCUACAGCCGCAGCCAGGGUGGUGCCCAGCUCGACCACGCCCGUGACCGUCUCUUCGAGGCUGCCGGCGUCCAGGAGGCUGGCCCCUCAAAGGCUGCGUCCUCCUCGGCGUUCGGUGGCAAGAAGUCCGCUUCGGCCACUGCCUCGUCGAGCCGCUACCCUGCCGCGUCGUCCGGCUACGGUGCUUCGCCCUACGGUGCCAGCGCUGGUCCUUACGGCGCUCAGUCUUCGUUCCAGCAGACCUCGAACCCGUACGGUGCUCCCAGCAACGCGUACAGCGCUCAGACUCAGUCUGGACCGUACGGCGCCGCUCAGCCGCAGACCCAGUCGAGCCCUUACGCGCCCCCACCGUCUCAGCACCAGCCCCAGCAGUCGCAGCAGCAGCAGUCGAACCCGUACGCGCCUCCGCCGUCUCAGCAGCAGCAGUCUCAGUCGAGCCCCUACACGCCCACUGGACAGCAGCAGUCGAGUCUGUACAACCCGUACGGCGGCAGCUCGAACGGCUACGGUGCUCCCUCGCAGUCGCAGUACGGUGCUACUUCCCAGUUCCAGCCCGCGUACGGUAACAACACUGUCCCGCCUCCGCCACCAAAGGCUGGCCAGAGUGCCAACGCGCGGUCGCAGACGCCCUCUGAGCCUGUCGUGCCUGCGUCGCAGCGCCGCGACAUGCCCGGAUGGAACGAUGCGCCGUCGAUGGGCAUCAAGCGCCCGAGCAGCUCUGCCCGCAACACGCCCAAGGCCGCGCCCAUUACCUCGCCCUUCCCCAUGGCCGAGGGUGCUCCCAACCCGUAUGCUGCGCCCCCGUCCGCCGGAGCUGCUCCUCCUCCCCCUGGCCCCCCUCGUGGCGGCAAUGCUCCCGGCAUCCUCCCGCCUCCUCCCAAGGGCGGUCCUCGUCCUCCCUCCGCCUCUGCCAACCGAGCGUCUGCUUCUCCUCAGCCGCGGGUCAUGUCUCCCCCGAUCGCUCAGCCGUUUGGCCAGACCCCAUCCCCGAACCCUUACGCGGCGCAGCCCCAGCCUCCCUCAAACCCUUACGCGGCUCAGUCUCAGCCUCCCUCAAACCCCUACGCUGCUCCUCCCCAGCACCAGCAGUUCGGUGGUCCCCCUCCCCCCGGCGCCCCCGGGCAGGCCCCCCUCCUCCUCGCGCGUGCCAUGUCUCCGCUCGGCCCCAACGCCGGCCGCCCGCAACAGCACCUCGGAGGCCUUGCUUCGCCUCCCGCCCACAACGCUCACCUUGCCGGCCCGCCGCCUCCCGGUGUCCGUGCUGGACCCCCUCCCCCCGGACGGGCGGGCACGGCCUCUCCGGCUCAGAACAGUGCGCCCUCGCCUGCGCCCGCCGCGCCCCCUGCGGCGCCGAAACACCCGGCCGGAGACAGGUCGCACCUGACGGAUUCCGGUCGUCCGAUUUACGAGGGGCUUAACAGCGAGCUGCAGCGCAUCAAGUCGGGCUCACCCCCGGCGCACCUGAAACGCAUCGUCGACGACACGGAACGCAGGCUCAACAUCCUGUUUGACGACCUCAACAACGACACGGUUGCGCCUGCCACGGUCGAGAAGCUGAGCGAGAUUGUCCAGGCCAUCAAUGCCCACGACGCCAACACGGCCCUCGCCAUCCACGUCGACCUCCUCACGACCGCCUCGGGCGACACGACCCAUUGGGCCCCCGGCGUCAAGCAGCUGAUCCGUCUCGGCAUCUAA